AUGGCUUUACAUCAAUUUGAUUAUAUUUUCGCAAUUGCGAUGAUUUUUGCAUUUUUAGAUGCUUGGAAUAUUGGUGCAAAUGAUGUUGCAAAUUCUUUUUCUACAUCAGUAUCAUCAAGAUCUUUAAAAUAUUGGCAAGCAAUGAUUUUAGCUGCUAUUAUGGAAUUUUUAGGUGCAGUAUUAGUUGGUUCAAGAGUUUCAGAUACUAUUAGAAAUAAAAUUGUUGAUAUUGAUGUAUUUUCUGGUGAACCUGCAGUUUUAAUGUUAACUAUGGCUACUGCAUUAGUUGGUUCAUCAACUUGGUUAACUAUUGCUACUUCAAUUGGUAUGCCAGUUUCAACUACUCAUUCUAUUGUUGGUGCUGUUAUUGGUGCUGCUAUUGCUGCUAAAGGUGGUCAAAAUAUUCAUUGGGGUUGGAAUGGUGUUUCACAAAUUAUUGCUUCAUGGUUUAUUGCACCAUGUAUUGCAGGUAUAUUUGCAUCUGCUGUAUUUUUAAUUUCAAAAUUUGUUGUUUUAGAAGUUAAAAAUCCAAGAACUUCUUUAAGAAAUGCUAUGUUAUUAGUUCCAAUUUUAGUUUAUGUUGCUUUUUCAAUUUUAACUAUGUUAAUUGUUUGGAAAGGUUCACCAAAAUUAGGUUUAGGUUCUUUAGGUACUAGAACUAUUUGUGGAGCUAUAUUUGGUACUGGUGCUGUUGCAUUUGCUGUAUAUGUAAUUUUUGCAUUCCCAUAUUAUAGAAGAAAAUUAGUUCAUGAAGAUUGGACAUUAAAAUGGUAUGAUAUUUUUAGAGGUCCAAUUUAUUGGUUUAAAUCAACUGAUAAUAUUCCACCAAUGCCUGAAGGUCAUAAUUUAACUUUAGAUUAUUAUGAAGGUAGAAGAUAUGAUGAAUCAGGAAAUGUUCUUGAUAGAGAUGGAAACGCUAUUAAUACUAAUACUACAACUAAUAAUGUUAAUGAUUCAGAUUCUGUUGAUAGAAAAACUGAUGAUAAUUCAGAUAUUGAAAAAUCACAAUCAAUUAAUGUUCAAGAUAAUAAAUUAGUUAAAACUGAAUCAGAAAUUAAAGAUAAUAGAUCAUCAUUUGAAAAAUUACCAAAAACUUUUAAAGAAUAUGGAAAAUUAAUAAAAGCAUCACCAAAAAAUUGGCCAUUAUGUAUAUUUUUAAUUGCAACUCAUGGUGUUAGACAAGAUAUUAUUUCAGAUCAAGCAAAUUCAAAAGAUAUGUUAGCUGGUGAUUUACAUAAAAUGCAUACUGCUUCAAAAUAUUAUGAUAAUAAAAUUGAAUUCAUGUAUUCAUUAUUACAAGUUAUUACUGCAUGUACUAUGUCUUUUGCUCAUGGUGCUAAUGAUAUUGCUAAUGCUACUGGUCCAUUAGCUACUGUUUAUUUAGUUUGGACUACAAAUACAACUGCAAAAAAAGCUGAAGUUCCAGUUUGGGUUCUUUGUUAUGCUGCAUCAGCAUUAGUUAUUGGUUUAUGGACUUUUGGUUAUAGAAUUAUGGCUAAUUUAGGUAAUAAAUUAAUUUUACAAUCACCAGCAAGAGGUUUUUCAAUUGAAUUAGGUGCUGCUGUAACAACUGUAAUGGCUACUCAAUUAGCUAUUCCAGUUUCAACAACUCAAUCAGCAGUUGGUGCUACUGUUUUUGUUGGUUUAUGUAAUAAAGAAUGGAAAACUGUUAAUUGGAGAAUGGUUGCUUGGUGUUAUUUAGGUUGGAUUUUUACAUUACCAAUGGCUGGAUUAAUUGCUGGUUUAUUAAAUGGUAUUAUAUUAUAUGCUCCUUCAAAAGGUGUUACUUAUACUAUGAGUUAG